AAAUAGUAAGUUUCGUUUUGUUUUUAUUUUCAUUUUUCGGAGUAUGAAAACCCAUUAAUCGGUCGCCGCCGCCGGACGUCACAAUUGACCGUCAUCUUCACAGCUCGUCGUGUUUGUUUCGGCAUAGCUUUGGAUAUUUGGCCAAGAAUCGAAGUUUCGACUUUGCCAUUACCUUCUAGCAUACUUCUUUCCGAAGUUUGAAGUCGACAAUGGAUGGAGAGGAGUUGACGGAGCAGGAAACUCAAUUGUAUGACCGCCAAAUUAGGGUUUGGGGUGCGGAUGCACAGAGGAGGCUGAGCAAAGCUCAUAUUCUAGUGUGUGGAAUGAAGGGGGCUGUUGCUGAGUUUUGCAAGAAUAUCGUUCUUGCUGGGAUCGGUAGUUUGACAUUGGUGGAUAAUCGGUUGGUGACUGAAGAAGCCCUUUCUGCUAAUUUUCUGAUCCCCCCUGAUGAGAGUGUUUUUGGCGGGAAAUCUGUUGCUGAGCUUUGCUGUGAUUCUUUGAAAGAUUUUAAUCCAAUGGUUCGAGUUUCAGUCAUCAAAGGCGAACCUUCGAGCUUUGAUGAAGAAUUUUUGAAGACGUUUGAUGUUAUAGUUGUCAGUUGUUGCUCCCUGGCUGAAAAAAAAUCGGUCAAUGAGAAAUGCCGGAAGUUACCCAAGCGCGUAUCAUUUUAUACUGUUGACUGUAGAGAUUCUUGUGGUGAAAUAUUUGUUGAUCUACAAGACUAUAAAUAUGCAAAGAAAAAACUUGAGGACACUGUGGAAUGCCAACUAUCAUAUCCAAGCUUUGAGGACGCAAUUUCAGUACCCUGGAAAGUACAUCCCAGAAAAGUAUCAAAGCUAUUUUAUGCAUUAAGAGUGAUAGAACGGUUUGAAGAGGCCGAGGGGAGAAGUCCAGGAGAGACCUCAGUAUCUGAUCUUCCUGGGGUCUUGAAGUUGAAAAAGGAGAUCUGUGAGUCACAGUUGCUGAAUGAAGCGCACAUUCCCAAUGCCCUUGUAGAGAGAUUGGUGACUAAUCCAACUGAAUUCCCUCCCGUUUGUGCUAUAAUUGGAGGAAUUCUUGGGCAGGAAGUAAUUAAAGCUGUAUCUGGGAAAGGAGACCCCCUUAAGAAUUUCUUCUACUUCGACGCUGUUGAUGGGAAGGGUACAAUAGAGGACAUUUCUAGCCAGUCCUAACAAGGGAUGCUUACCCAUCUCAUUUUAAAGCGAGCUUCAUGGGAGGUUCCGGUCGCAGUUACAUAGUUUAAAACUUUUAACCUUUCAAACUAACUUCAAUAGAUUUUGACUUGGACGGAAUUGUAAUGUUGUGGAUUCUUAGUUUAGAUUUAGUUUUAUAUUUAACAACUUUUUAUAUAUAUCAAAAUUAUGUAUGGAAGAAACCUUUUUUUAAAAUCAUAUUAAUGGUGGCUUUGUUAAUUUACACCUCUGAA